AGUCGGCAGGAUACCCGCCGUGAGAGUGUUGUCCUUCCAGAUAAUAGUCUGAAACUUUCUGCGUGUACCUCCUGGAGUUGCAAGAAGCGAUACUUUUUGAUAACUUAGACGUGAGCACCUCUCCAGGAAGAUCGCUUCAUACUCUGAAACUUUACUAUUUAUGUGUGUACCUCUCGAGGAUGUAUGAAUUUUGUCUAAUUGUAUUUAUUUAAUACGUGUGUGCCUCCUCGGGAAGACUUCUCUGCAUUUUGUGAACCCCUCUCUACGUGUGCGCCUCUUGGGGAAGCAAGAUACACGUUUUUUGACUUAAAAGACGUGUGUGCCUCUCCAAGAAGUUUUCUCACUUUGCUGAAAAUUGUUUAUGUGUGCACCUCUCGAGGACGUAUGAAUCUUGUCUAAUUGCAUUUAAUACGUGUGUGCCUCCUCGGGAAGACCACUCUGCAUUUUGUGACUUAAGGAUCUUGCAACUUGAGUGUGAAAUUUGAACCUCUUUCGUGCGUGCCUCUUGGAGAAGUGAGGAAGUGAUACACGUUUUUUGACUUAAAAAACGUGUGCGCCUCUCCAAGAAGUUUAUUCACUUUGUUGAAUCCUAGAAAGUGUUGUUUUAGCUUAAAAUUAACUGCGGGUUUUGAAACCGAAGUGUGCCUUGCUUUGGUGUGGUGUUUGCAGUUUUUUGUGUGGCUUCGCAGGGAAGUUGGGAGCGAUUUUAAGUUGGUUUAGCCUCUUUGUCCUUGUGCUUUCCUCAACAAAGGGAGGCACGAUCGGAACAUUUACAUUUCUUUAGGUGUGGUGUGCCUCUUUGGGAGAGGCGAUAAGGAGUUAUUUGUACUUUUGAAUAGGAGUACCUCCUCCUCUCUCAGUGUGUAUCUUUCUGCGUAUUUAGAAAUGAGCAACAGUAUGGCCAGUAUGAAAAGUGAAGAUGUAUUAUUUGAUCUUUUAGAAAAGCAUGGUGCUCGGCCUUCUGUAUCAGGGGUGGAUUGGGCACGACAGAACUGGUAUAAUUUGCAAAGUGUUUCAGAACGUAUUCGUGUUUUACAAAAUGAGGCUCGUACUCGGGCCGGAAAAGGGAAAUCUUUUAUUUGUGCAGUACUCGGUGCUGCUUUAAAAGCAGCUGUGGAGUUCCGAGAGGAAAAGAACUCUACGGAAACCCAGACUAUUCAAGCAUUACAGGAAUCGGUUAAAGUGACGCAAGAAUUGGUAAAAUCUCUGAGAAGCCAAAUAAUGAGUCUUGAGGAUCAAUUAGAAAGAGAAAAACAUAAUUCGGUUCUGUUGCAAACAGCUUUUAAGGAGCUGAUAACGUGUAAGGACACCGGUGACACUGUCGCCCACAGUGCACCUCAAGAAAAAGUUUAUCCUCAAGGGAAAUUACAAGAGGUGAAGGAAAGGCUAGAUAAAUUAAAGGCCUCUCCAGCCCACAUUCGUCCUUUGAUAAAAACUGAAUAUACUUUUGAUAACAGUGAGGAUCUAGAUCCUCAAAUGAAUGUUAAGGAAAUUCCCUUUUCGGCCACUGAACUGGCCACACUGAAAAAGGAUUUCAGCCGCUCCCCAAAGGAGUCUGAAACAGAAUACGUCUGGAGAGUUAGUCUCACUGGCGGAGACCAGAUCCUACUAACAGAGAAAGAAGCUGAAGGUUAUUGGGGACCAGGAGUAUUUUUAACCACUGGCAAUAAUCGUGCUCCCUGGUCCUUAACACAGAGGGCUGCCUAUUGGGCAGGGGGUCUCAACCCUUUAGAAAGGGGGGACCCUCUUGCUAUUACCGGAACAAUCGACCAGUUAGUGGAGAAUGUUCAGAAAGCUGCUUGUCUCCAAAUGAUGUAUGAUAGAAAGUUGCAGCUACAUCAUGAAUCACCCAUGAUGUUACCUGUUAAUCCGGAGAGACUGACACCUCUAAUCAGGGGACUUCCUGAAUCGUUAAAACCUAUAGGUAUACAACUCCAAGGAAAGAUACAAGCCAUGUCUCAGGGAGAGAGAACCUGGGCAGCGUUGGAGGGAUCUGUAACUCCUAACCACCAGUCAGGAUCUAAAGUGUGGACUUGGGGAGAGGUUGCCCAAGAAUUAAUUAACUACGGAAGAAAAUAUGGGCCGGUGGUUUCUACCUCCAGUAAAUUUGAGCCAAGAGGAGUAAGGCUUGCAGUAGCCAACCUUACCUCCAGGCCAUCUAGCCCAAAACUUAAUGAAACCAAAAAGGUUUCAUCCCCAGUAAAAACGGGGACACGAUGCAUUGAUCAUAAACGCAAUGGACUUUGGACUCUGGGCUGGAGAAAGGGUAUUCCACGAGAUUUGAUGAAUGGAUUACCCACAGUCAGAUUAGAGAAAUUAGUUAACUGCUGGCCAGAACAAAAGCUCAAGGGGAGCUGAUGCCUUCGCCCCCCCCCUCCCAGGUGAGCGGGAGGUGGGUGGGAGGGUGAAGGGUGGAUGUUUAUUAGGAAGCUCACGACUAAAGGAAACAAUUUGUUAAUUACUUGUUUAUUUAUUAUUAGUGGUUAUUGUCAAAUGUACGCUUGUCUCUUUUCUCUCUUCUAUUCAUUAUGUAAUAUUCAUGUUACCACUCCUGAAGAAUCACGGGGUGGUGUCUAUGGCAAGUUGCAUUGUGUACUGUUGCAACUCUUAUGUUUGUACUUUGUAUGAUUCCAUGUUUUAUACAAGAUGUUGUAUCCCCUAUUUACUUUGUAACGUUUGUAAUGAUUGUAUGAAACAUUUGAUUCCCCAACACCUCCCUCCUUUACCCUUAUGCUUGCUAUCUUUUUCUCACCACAAUGGAUGCCCAGUGUCCCAUUUUUAAGCAAUCUUUGAGUCACGGGGUGGUGUAAGAGACUAUUCUUUUAUAUCAUUGACUCAAAGUUUGCUGAGGAACAAGUCCAGGCAAGUCCUGGGCAAAGGCAGAGGAAUCUUUUGUCUUGAGGACACUGAUGGACAGGUCCUGGCUAAGGGUUGUGAAAUCCUUUAAGGAGCACAGAUGGACAAGGCCAGGGGCAUCGAGAGAGAGAUAAGCUGCCGCUAAUGGCCGGGAAACGGUCUUUUUGUGUGGACUUAUCUCAAGGAAAAUGGCCAUCUCAGGAGGUAUGCACCGGACUCUUGCUCAAGCCCCCAGGAAUGUCACGUAGGCAGCAGAAAAUGGAGGAUAAAAGAGGGUCCAAUAACCACAACGGUGGAAGCAGAUCCUUCACCACAACCACGGCAACGGGGGAGGCUUAUCUCUCACCACGACAGACUUGAGGGGUUCUCUCUGCCAACUGGUCUCUCACCGCAACGUGUAGACGGAUCUCUACGUGGAGACUGAUCUCUCACCACGGCACGAGCUUCCUGCCUUCCGAUCCUCCUCUACGGACCGUUUGCUGACGGACUUCCCUGGGCCUGCUACCUGAGACCUGCUGCUUCCUCCCCGACCUGCACCCUCUCGCUGCCCCAGACCGGCCUCGCUGCUCCUGCCCUUCGGCCUCGGACCGUCGGAACAUCGUGCAACGGGACUGCUGCCGGAUCCUGGUGGUGACUAUCCCCGCUUUACGCAAUUCUUGCCUCUUUCUAUCUUUUCUAUCGCUCGCCUUCCCUUCCCCAUCACCCCAAUCCUUAAUAGCGUCCGUCCUCCCCUUUCCCCAUCUCUCUUAUUAACAUUUAUAAUAAACUGGUCG